AUGCAAUUCAAGACUCUCUUCACUGCUUCUCUCCUCAGCGGCCUCACUGUCGCCGCCCCCGAGCCCAAGACCUUCGGUCUCACUGCUCUCCGCUCCGGCAGCGCCUUCCACCUCUCCAGCGUCAGCGCCUCUGAGAGCGGCUUCUCGCUUCUCCUCCCCAAGGGCAAGCAGGGUGCCAAGUGCGUCGACAACAAGAAGGAGGACUUUGCUACUUUCCGCAUCAGCAAGGACAAGAAGCUUGUUCUCUACCACAAGGGCAAGGAGCAGCAGAUUGCCUACACUGACCGAUCUGGCAUGGGCCAAGGUGUUCUCCAGUACACUGGCCAGAAGAACUACCCUCGCAACGCCGAGACUGAGGGCUGGAAGGUCGACAAGAGCGGAAACCUCGUCUUUGGCAGCAACAACGCUGGCUUCAUGGCCUGCCCUGGCCUCAAGUCCACUGACCCCUGGAGCAUCUGGGUCGCCACCGGUAACGACCACCCCGGUAACAGCGACAAGGAGUGCUACAGCUUCAGCGCCCGCGUCACUGAGAACAAGAAGCCUGUUAGCUGCGUCUACUCCCAGUACAGCAACUAA